AUGGCUGUAGGAGAAGCAAUUGAAGAACAGAGCUUGCCCCGGUGUCACGAAAGGCAUUACUAUCCCGCCAAAAUCGGCGAUGAGUUUAAAGACCACCAGUACCUGGUUAUUGCAAAGCUUGGAUAUGGUGCGUAUUCCACCGUCUCACUUGCAUGGGAUCAGAUAGUUUUUGCUGAGACGGGGAUCAAUACAACCUCCCGGCAGUUGGGCUUUACGCGUCAUGAGACGAUAUCUUUGAAGUCGAUGGAGCUUCCCUUUAUGGCCGACACUACUGCAUCUUCUCAAAACCCCAAAGCCAGAGUAUUCGUGUGUUACAGGAGACAUCUCCAAAAUGCCAUCCUGCCCAAGCUUCUUGUGAAAUCCAUCAUACACCGCUUGUGGUUUUCCUCCAACUAUUUCAUUCGAGCUGCGGUGUCAUCCAUGUUGAAUGUUCUGAUGCAACUCGAGGGUGAUAACAGCCUCAAGGACAUUAAGGACCAAGAGCCGCGGGAUCCUAGCGACCCUGUCAUCACGACUGAUGGAGCGGCUCCCGUUCUGCCCAUCUACCAGUCGCAUUUGCCCGAAAUCAGGAAGGACUGGAAAGCACGCGACAGGGCGUCCGAACCCCACAUCCCCAAAACCUCUUUCGAGGACUUCGUCUACACAAUCCCACCUGGCGAGGAAAAAGACCAGUUUUCUCAAGUUCAUACGGAAGAUACUAACUUGGGAUCUGGAAGUGAGGGCCAACUGUACAAGCUCAUCCAAGAUGAGUGGAUGAUAAAGCCUCCAUCAGAAGAAGAUAUGGUUGGGUUUGAGGAACCAAAUCGGUAUGUAACAAUGGAUGACUGGAUAGUGUAUGUACCGCUUCCAAGUUUUCUCAGAGUCUAUUUGGGAUUGUGUUCUAGUAGUAUGGAUACCGUAGUUGCCGCAGAUAUAUGCAGCAGGCUAGAUAUUAGUAGUUAA